GCAGAUUGAAACACGUCGAGGUUCUACAGGUUUCUGAAGGUGUCUGUCAGACACAUGUUAAAGGAGUCCCUCAUCCUCUUCCCGUAGUCAGGCUGUGUGUGUCCGCUCCAAACCCAACGGUUCUGUGUGUAGGACCACACACUCUGGUUCAGGUUGUCUACGUUGUUUCUGCAGAGAGGAUUCAGGCAGACUACAGAUGUUGCUGUGUGUUUCCGGGGUGGGUCGAGGGGGUCUGGGGUUGCUAGCAGUAAAGAGGGCGUGUCUUCUCACUCGCACUGCCCACUCGUCGCCCCAGAACUUUGAGUAUCGACCAAUCAAAAAGGUCAUGGUGGCCAACAGAGGUGAGAUCGCUAUCCGUGUGUUCAGGGCGUGUACUGAGUUGGGGAUUCGGACCGUGGCUGUUUACUCUGAAGAAGAUCGAGGACAGAUGCACAGACAAAAAGCUGACGAAGCCUACCUGAUAGGGAAAAGUCUUCCUCCUGUUGCUGCCUACCUGCAUAUACCUGACAUCAUUAAAGUAGCUAAGGAGAAUGGUGUAGAUGCUAUCCACCCAGGUUAUGGGUUUCUAUCUGAGAGAUCAGACUUUGCCCAGGCCUGUGUUGAUGCAGGAGUCCGCUUCAUCGGGCCCUCCCCAGAAACUGUGCGCAAGAUGGGGGACAAAGUGGAAGCUCGCUCUCUGGCUAUCAGUGCUGGUGUGCCAGUGGUUCCUGGGACAGAUGCUCCUAUAUCUUCUGUGGGGGAGGCCCGGGUGUUUUCUGAGACCUAUGGGUUCCCUAUCAUCUUUAAAGCUGCCUAUGGAGGAGGAGGACGAGGCAUGAGGGUGGUUAAAGAGUAUGAGGAACUGGAGGAGAACUACCACAGGGCCUACUCUGAGGCUCUGACAGCGUUUGGGAACGGAUCUCUGUUUGUGGAGAAGUUCAUCGAGAAACCACGACACAUAGAAGUUCAGAUCCUGGGUGAUAAGUAUGGCAACAUAAUACAUCUCUAUGAGAGAGACUGUUCCAUUCAGAGAAGACAUCAGAAGGUGGUGGAGAUUGCCCCCGCGGCCGACCUGGACCCUCAUCUAAGAGACCGACUGACUUCUGACUCUGUCAAACUGGCCAAACAGGUUGGCUAUGAGAAUGCGGGCACUGUGGAGUUCCUAGUAGAUAAACAGGGGAAACAUUACUUCAUAGAAGUCAACUCCAGACUGCAGGUGGAACACACUGUCACUGAGGAGGUUACAGAUGUGGACCUGGUUCAUGCCCAGCUGCGUGUGUGUGAGGGACGCAGUCUGCCCGAGCUGGGGUUAACACAGGAGACCAUCAGGGUGAAUGGUUGUGCCAUACAAUGUAGAGUCACUACUGAAGACCCGGCCAGAGGCUUCCAACCAGACACAGGACGACUGGAGGUGUUCCGUAGCGGUGAAGGGAUGGGUAUACGUCUAGACUCAGCCUCAGCCUUCCCUGGAGCUGUGAUCUCCCCCCACUAUGAUUCUCUGCUGGUCAAAGUCAUCGCCUCUGGGAAAGACAUGUCCACCGCCGCCGCCAAGAUGCACCGCGCUCUCUCUGAGUUCAGAGUCCGGGGGGUCAAGACCAACAUCCCCUUCCUCCAGAAUGUUCUGAGUAAUCACCAAUUUCUACACAGUACAGUGGACACUCAGUUUAUAGAUGAGAACCAGAACCUGUUUAUCAUGAAGCCAGUCCAGAACAGAGCACAGAAACUACUGCACUACCUGGGUCAUGUGAUGGUGAACGGACCAACCACACCCAUUCCUGUCAAGGCUAAGCCCUCCUCCAUCGACCCUGUCAUCCCUACUGUACCCAUGGGUGAGCCGUCGUUAGGGUUCCGUGACGUCCUGCUCCGUGAGGGUCCAGAGGGCUUUGCCAAGGCAGUGAGAGCCCACUCUGGUCUACUGCUCAUGGACACCACCUUCAGGGACGCCCACCAGUCCCUCCUGGCCACCAGGGUGCGAACUCACGACCUGAAGAAGAUAGCACCUUACGUAUCACAUAACUUCAACAACCUGUUCAGCCUGGAGAACUGGGGAGGAGCUACAUUUGACGUAGCCAUGCGUUUCCUGUACGAGUGUCCCUGGAAGAGACUCCAGGAGCUGAGAACCUUAGUACCCAACGUUCCCUUUCAGAUGUUACUGAGAGGAGCUAACGCUGUGGGAUACACUAACUACCCUGAUAACGCAGUGUUCAAGUUCUGUGAGGUGGCGAAGGAGAACGGCAUGGAUAUAUUCCGUGUAUUUGACAGUCUCAACUACCUCCCUAACAUGAUACUGGGCAUGGAAGCCGCCGGCAGGGCAGGAGGGGUAGUGGAGGCUGCUAUCUCCUACACAGGAGACGUAUCAGACCCCAUGAGACAGAAGUACUCCCUGGCGUACUAUGUUAAGCUGACUGAGGAACUGAUGAAGGCUGGGACUCACGUACUCUGUAUCAAGGACAUGGCCGGUCUGUUGAAGCCGGAGUCCAGCCGUAUCCUGAUCAGUGCCCUGCGUGAUCGUUAUCCUGACGUUCCCAUCCAUGUCCACACACACGACACAGCAGGGGCUGGAGUAGCCGCUAUGCUGGCCUGCGCUGAGGCCGGGGCCGACGUAGUGGAUGUCGCGGUGGACUCCAUGGCAGGGAUGACGUCACAGCCCAGCAUGGGAGCCAUGGUGGCCUGCACCAAAGGAACCAAACUCGACACUGGUAUUGCCUUAGAGAAGGUGUUUGAUUAUAGUGAGUACUGGGAGGUGACUAGAGGGCUGUAUGCUCCGUUUGACUGCACUGCUACCAUGAAGUCAGGUAACGCUGAUGUGUAUGAGAAUGAGAUUCCAGGCGGUCAGUACACCAACCUUCACUUCCAGGCCCACAGCAUGGGGCUGGGCAACAAGUUUAAACAAGUCAAGAAGUCCUACUCAGAGGCUAACAAACUACUGGGGGAUCUGAUCAAGGUGACUCCCAGCUCUAAGAUUGUAGGAGACCUGGCUCAGUUCAUGGUACAGAACAACCUGACGAGAGAGGAAGUGGAGGAAAAAGCUGAUGAGCUGUCCUUCCCUCUGUCUGUGGUGGAGUUUCUACAAGGACACAUUGGGAUACCGCACGGAGGCUUCCCCGAACCAUUCAGGACCAGGGUUCUAAAAUCCCUCCCCCGUAUCGAGGGGCGUCCUGGUGCCACCCUGCCUCCCCUGGACUUCGAUGCCCUGGAGGCCGGGCUUCGUUUGCUGCACGGCGAUGACAUCACACAGGAGGAUGUGAUGUCAGCGGCCAUGUAUCCCAAGGUGUUCCAGGAGUACAAGGAGUUCACAGGUAGCUUCGGUCCCAUCGACUGCCUCAGCACACAACUCUUCUUGGACGGGCCCAAGAUAGCAGAGGAGUUUCAGGUGGAGAUAGAGAGAGGGAAGACGUUACACAUCAAGGCCCUAGCGGUGGGAGACUUGAAUAAGACAGGUCAGAGAGGAGUCUUCUUUGAGCUCAACGGUCAACUGCGGUCCGUCCUGGUCAAAGAUAAUGUGGCCAUGAAGGAGAUGAAGUUCCACCCCAAGGCUCUGAAGUCCGUCCGGGGUCAGGUGGGGGCACCCAUGCCCGGAAAGGUCAUCGAGGUCAAAGUUGAGCCUGGUCAGAAGGUGGAGAAGGGUCAGCCGCUUUGUGUUCUGUCAGCUAUGAAGAUGGAGACUGUGGUCAACUCUCCACUGACUGGGGUUGUCACGGUGAUUCAUGUGAACACUGAUACGAGUUUGGAAGGAGAUGAUUUGAUAUUGGAAAUCACUGCAGAGGAAUAGAGAGAUGGAGUAGAGAGAUGGAGUAGAGAGAGGGAGUAGAGAGAUGGAGUAGAGAGACGGAGUAGAGAGAUGGAGUAGAGAGACGGAGUAGAGAGAGGGAAAGAGUGGCUUGGGGAGAAAGGGAAUUCUCUAGAUAAAAAGGUUUGCAGAACUAGGAACCAAAUGGAUAUUAGGAGGGAACGAGCAGGAGAGAGAGAGAGAGAGAGAGAGAGAGAGAGAGAGAGAGAGAGAGAGAGAGAAGAGGAGGAGGAGAGAGAGAAAGAGAGAGAGGAGAGGAGGAGAAAUAGGUUUUAUUUUAGCUGAGUAAUUAAUCGUUGGUGAAUUAAUUACCUUUACUAAUGAUGUUUAAAUUAGCAGCAAUAAUGUGGUGACCCUGGGGAUAGAGAGUAUUUAGCUGUUGAUAUUCUCCUGUGUAUGUGUGUGUUUGCGCUUUUGUGUGUGUGUGUGUGUGUGUGUGUGUGUGUGUGUGUGUGUGUGUGUGUGUGUGUGUGUGUGUGUGUGUGUGUGUGUGUGUGUGUGUGUGUGUGUGUGUGUGUGUGUGUGUGUGUGUGUGUGUGUGUGUGUGUGUGUGUGUGUGUGUGUUUGUCACCGGCUGCAAACUUGUUUUAAUGUUAAAUCUAGCGGAGCUGGAAAACCUAUUCCUGAGGCUUUGAAAUAUUAAUGGUAACAUUUUGUUAGCCGCUGCCUGACGCUACACACACGCAAUGCAUCGUGGGACAGUUGUCAUGGCAACGUCACUGUCGUCAUCUCACACAUUUUAGAAUAGAAUCAAGCAAUCAAGUUAGGUUAUUAUAAUUGUUAUAAUCAUAUUGUGUUUAUGUUACUUUGUUUAUAAUAAUUAGAUUUCUAAAUUCGUUUUUGACUGUUUUCUUAAUAAGGUAAUAAUCUGCAUCUACUGUAGGACUUGAAUAUUACUUUACUUUAAAAUGUUUAAAAAUGUUUUUCCAGCACCAACUUAAAUUUUUUAUUGAAAUGAGAUGACUUAUGAGAUGAAAAUUUUGUACCAGAUGCUAUGAACAUGAAAACAUCUGAAUUAUAUAUUAUAUAUUAUAUUGGUACGUUUUUGUCAAAAGCUACAUUACAAUCAACCCAACACAGAUUCCCUGCCUCUACCUUUUCACCUCAUUCCCCCACCCUCCCUCCCUCCCUGCCUCCCUCUCCCCCUCUCUGCCUCCCUCCCUCCCUCACUCCCUGUCUCCCUGUCUACCUCCCUCCCUCCCUGUCUCCCUGUCUACCUCCCUCCCUGCCUCCCUCCCUGUCUCCCUCCCUCCCUCCCUGUCUCCCUGUCUACCUCCCUCCCUGCCUCCCUCCCUGUCUCCCUGUCUCCCUGUCUACCUCCCUCCCUGCCUCCCUCCCUGUCUACCUCCCUCCCUCCCUGUCUCCCUGUCUACCUCCCUCCCUGCCUCCCUCCCUGUCUCCCUCCCUCCCUCCUGUCUCCCUCCCUGUCUCCCUGUCUCCCUGUCUACCUCCCUCCCUGUCUCCCUCCCUCCCUCCUGCCUCCCUCCCUGUCUCCCUCCCUGCCUCCCUCCCUGCCUCCCUCCCUCCUGCCUCCCUACAUACCUACCUCCCUCCCUCCCUGCCUCCCUCCCUGUCUCCCUCCCUCCCUGUCUCCCUGUCUCCCUGUCUCCUUCCCUCCCUGUCUCCCUCCCUCCUGCCUCCCUACCUACCUCCCUCCCUCCCUGCCUCCCUCCCUGUCUCCCUCCCUCCCUGUCUCUCUCCCUGCCUCCCUCCCUGUCUCCCUCCCUCCUGCCUCCCUACCUACCUCCCUCCCUCCCUGUCUCCCUCCCUCCCUCCCUCCCUGUCUCCCUCCCUCCCUGCCUCCCUCCCUGUCUCCCUCCCUCCCUCCCUGCCUCCCUGUCUCCCUCCCUGCCUCCCUCCCUGUCUCCCUCCCUCCUUCCUCCCUACCUACCUCCCUCCCUCCCUGCCUCCCUCCCUGUCUCCCCCUCCCUCCCUCCCUGUCUCCCUCCCUCCCUGUCUCCCUGUCUCCCUCCCUGCCUGCCUCCCUCCCUGUCUCCCUCCCUCCUGCCUCCCUCCCUGCCUCCCUCCCUCCCUGUCUCCCUCCCUGUCUCUCUCCCUCCUGCCUCCCCCUGUCUCCCUCCCUGCCUCCCUCCCCUGUCUCCCUCCCUGUCUCCCUCCCUCCUGCCUCCCUCCCUGUCUCCCUCCCUCCUGCCUCCCUCCCUGUCUCCCUCCCUCCCUCCUGCCUCCCUCCCUGUCUCCCUCCCUCCCUGUCUCCCUCCCUCCCUGUCUCCCUCCCUGUCUCCCUCCUCCCUCCCUCCCUGUCUCCCUCCCUCCCUGUCUCCCUCCCUGCCUCCCUCCCUGUCUCCCUCCCUCCUCCCUCCCUACCUACCUCCCUCUCUCUUUCCUUGGUAAAGUCAUCCAUGAUUAUGGAUGUAAUAUCUAUUCAUCUCUAUAUUGUAUCUUAAAGUCAUAUGUUCUCUCUCUAUUAUAACAAACUGCCUUAUAGCCAAUAGCACAAUUGAAUAAAAUAAAUAAGAAUGAAGAAUA